UAAGGAAUCUCCAAGCGAGCGGUUGUUACCGAUACCGCCAGAGAGAGAGAGUGUGCAAAACCAUAUCCAAACCCUAACCAUACGGCAUGGACACGCUGAAAGCACUGGAGCCACUGCAUCGCGUCUGUCAAGUGUGCAAUCUGUGGCACUGGCACCUGGUUUCACCCCCAGACACGCAGGGUUUACACCUCCAACGAUCCCGCUGGCUGGAGCUAUACGGCUGGAGUGUGCUGGCGGCAGCCACCGGAUUCACUGCCUAUGGGCUUUUCCAGGAGAGCAGCAUCCAGGUGGCAGUGGGCGGCGACGAUACAAGCAUCACGAGCAUUGGACACACCGUGGACUUUAUCCAACUGGUGGGCAUGCGGGUGGCUCAUAUGGCCGCUCUGCUGGAGACCCUGUGGCAGCGGCGAUUGCAGCGUGACUUUUACGCCGAGCUGGGUGAGAUUGAUCGCCAGCUGGCCAAGGCCUUGCGAGUGGACAUGGCGGGUGGAGUACUAGAGAUGCGCCAACAGACGACACGCCGUGCCAUGUGGUUCAUGUGGGGCUAUGCGCUCAGCCAGAGUUUGAUUUUGGGAGCCAAGCACUUGGACCCGGAGCACCGGUUCCCCAUGUACUGGAUCUACUACCUGCUGCCGUUGGUGGUUUGUGGUUUGCGCUACUUUCAGAUCUUCACCGCCGUCCAAAUUGUGCGUCGCCGUCUGGACAUACUCCUGCUAGCCCUGCAGCAGCUGCAGCUGAGCCAGAAAUCCGCAGAGGCUACGACAGAUCAUCCAGAGCCAGAGGAGGAUUGCUGUGACCCGGAGCAGGCUGCCGUGGAACGUCUGAUGGCCGUGCGAGUGGUCUACCAACGGGUCUGGGCCCUGGUGGCUUUGCUAAACAGAUGCUACGGCCUCUCCAUGCUGAUGCAGGUGGGCAACGAUUUCCUGGCCAUCACCUCCAAUUGCUACUGGAUGUUUUUGAACUUUCGCCAGUCGGCUGCCUCGGCCCUGGACAUUCUGCAGAUCGUGGCCAGCGCCGUGUGGUCGGCACCACAUUUGGCCAACGUGCUGGUCCUGUCGCUGCUGUGUGACCGAACAGCUCAGUGUGCCACUCGCUUGGCCUUGAGCCUGCACCAGGUGAGCGUGGAUCUGCGUAAUGAUAGCCACAACGCUCUGAUCACCCAGUUCUCGCUGCAGCUGCUCCAUCAGCGACUUCACUUCAGUGCCGCCGGUUUCUUCAACGUCGACUGCACGCUUCUUUACACGAUUGUGGGCGCCACCACCACGUACCUGAUCAUCCUCAUUCAGUUCCACAUGAGCGAGUCCAGCAUGGCCAGCGGAUCGAAAGGGGAGUAGGAGGGGAGCGGAGAAACCGGUACGUAUUUAAGAUCAAAUAUCAUACAUUUUUGGUGAUUAACUGGAGAGGAAAAAACGUUUUUUGGGAAAGUUUUUAGCUAAGUUAUAGAUUUUUUAAAUUUUAAUAUUUUACCAAAAAUAAUCAAAAGAAA